CUUUCUCUCUCUUUGGGUGACGAGGGAGAAACGAGGUAUCCAUGUAUGUUUUCAAGAGCCAAAUCUAGAAGAAAACAAGAUUAGACAUUAUUGGGUUGCAUCUAUGUUAUGGAAGAAUCUUCGUUCCAUUUAAUUGUUUCAAAACAAUUUCCUUCGACUUUGUUGAAUUUUCUCCAACAUUGCCAUAACAAAAUUACUCCAUCCAAAAUGUUCUUCACUAUGGUUUUAAUCCUUAGCUUUUCAUCAAUUCUAUGUUUGUUGCGCCUUCAUCAAGGUUUGAGUUGCAUGAAUAAUCAAAGAAAGGUGAUGGCACAGAAGAAGUCAAACAAUUAUCUUGAGUAUAUCGUCUUGCAAAUUCGUGUUUGGCUAUACAAAUUUUUCUUGGGUCUAGAUAUGGCAAUUGGGACAUGCAUUGGUGUUUCCCCUUUCUCCUUCCGCCGGAGAAAAUUUUCUGCAUUAAUCGAGGAAAAAGAAAUGUUGGAGGAAAACAACAAAAUUGAUAAUCAAGUUAUUAAACCCAAUAUUGAUGAGGAAACUACAGAUGAUACAACAUCGAAUGAUGGUAAGAAAUUUAAUGGUUUCAUGGAGAGGAAGCUAUGUCAGUUGCCAAAAGAAUUCAUGGUACUAACAGAGAUAAGGAACAAGACUCUCAUCAUGAGGGACCUACUCGAUUUGUCUCCUUGCAAUGGUUCUACAUCUCUACAUGAUUUGUUGAUAUUGACUUUGAAGGAUCUAAGUAUGCUCUAUCCAUCCGCCAAACAAAUUGAAAUGGAUGAAAUAGAAGAAUUAACCAUGGAUCAGGUACUUAAGUCCUUCUGCAAUGGUAUGAAAUCAAUUGCUAAUACAUGGACAGGAAAUGAUGAAUGGAUGAUCAAAUGCAAUGUUGAUAUGUUCAACCUUGAGACCAACAAUUUGGAACUCUAUGCACUUGCAAUGCUUGAAGACAUGAUCAAGCUUACCGGUGAAAGGAUGUUUGCCGAAGAAGAGGAGAUGGUUGAUAGUCCAAAUUCUUUUAGUAGGCUUUUGUUUGAGCCUUCUUCUCCAUUGACCCCAACUUCUGUCCUUCCUGAAGUGUGCAAUACUACACAUAAACGAAUUGGGAGACUUAACCCCAUUGAUAAUCAACACCUCACAUUCAAUAUGUCUCCACAUACAGUGGUUCAAGAUUCCAAGUAUAUGGUCCAUAUAACAAAUACAUCCAAAACAUUAAAGAAAGAAGACUUCCAAGUAAAAAUUGACGAAGAUGAUAUGCUAUACUCACCUAAGGAUGUAAUUGCAAAAAUGGAAGCCGGUAGAGAAGAAAGUUUUAAGAAAAAUCAGAUUGAUGGUUCUAUUGUUCAAUUGAUUCCUACUUGUAUCACUAUGGAUAUGGUUUUACAAACACCUUCACUCACAAAGCUUAGACGAAAUGCACAAAAAGAAGAAUUGACAUUUACUAUAUCAUUCAAUGGAGUAAAACCACAAACAUCAAUGUCUACAUCAUCAAUGUCAAACUUUUCAUCAAAUCUUAAGCCAACACAAUCACCUCCACCGCCACCGUCUCCUCUUCCGAUAAUAACAAAGCAUGUUUCGCUUCCUCAAACUCUCCCUCCACCUCCACCCCCACCACCCCCACCACAACAAACAUCAAUAAUAAAAUCUACAAAUAUAACAAGUCCACCCCCACCACUACCACUUCCCAUUAGACCAAACAAUAUGACAUUAUCUCCACCUCUAAUGCAAGCUACAAGAAACCUUCCUCCCCCUACUCCACCACCACCACCACCCAUGAUAUCGUGUAAUUUGGUAUCUGUUUCCCCUCCACCACCACCACCACCCAUGAUAUCGUGUAAUUUUCUAUGUGUUUCCCCUCCUCCACCUCCUUCCCCUCUUCCGUAUCCUAACGUAAGAGACACAAUACAACAAUCUCAUUCGACAGUUAGUUCAAAUGGUGUAAUGUCAGUACCACCUCCCCCAAUUCCCAUGGGAAAAGGAGUUUUAGGUCCACCACCUCCUCCUCCCUUGAUUGGUACUAAGAGUCCUCACGCCAAGAAAGGUUCUAAGUUGAAGCGUUCCUCACAAAUGGGUAACCUUUAUCGAUUUCUCAAGGUAAAAGUGGAGGGCUCAAAUUUGGAAACUAAGUUGGGGAGAAAGGGAAAAAUAAGUUCUUCUUCAGGAGGCAAACAAGGAAUGACCGAUGCACUAGUAGAGAUGACAAAAAGGUCAACCUAUUUCCAACAAAUUGAAGAGGAUGUUAAAAAGCAUGCAACUGAAAUUAAGGAGAUGACAAUGGCAAUCACAAAUUUCCAAACAUCAGACAUGACCGAACUAAUCCAGUUUCAUAAACACGUUGAAUCACACCUUGAAAAAUUAACAGAUGAAUCUCAGGUGCUAGCAAGAUUUGAGGAUUUUCCAACAAAGAAGUUGGAGGCAUUGAGAAUGGCAGCAACACUCUAUAACAAGCUAGAUGUUAUAGCUUGCACCUUAAAAAAAUGGCCAAAGGAAUCACCAGUGAGCCAGCUUCUUGACAAAUCUGAGAGUUACAUCAACAAAAUCAAAGGAGAUCUUGAGAAGAUAGAGCAAUCUAAGGACGAAGAAGAGAAGAAAUAUGCAAGUCACAAGAUAAACUUUGAUUUUUCAAUCCUUGUACGUAUCAAAGAGUUUAUGGUAGACGUCUCCUCAAACUGUAUGGAGUUGGCACUAAAGGAGUGGAGAGAUUCAAAUGCAAGGGAGAAAAAAUGUGAUGAGGUAUCAAACAACAGGCAGAAAAAUGGAACACCUGAUUAAGCGGGGGGGUAGAAUGAUUGGUCUCCGGUGACCGAAGAUUGUGCAGGGACGGAAGAUGGAUGCUUGGUCUCCGGUGGCCAAAUAUCAUGGACAAAGUGUGGGGCUAGAGACUGGAACAGAUUUGGAUUUGAGGAUGAAUGAGAGGCAAGAUGAGGAAGAAACUACAGCACUAGAAACUACUGCUGGAUCACCCCCCUCCUGAACCGCGACCAGGAGUGGAAGAGAGUCUAGAGUUUGGAAACAUCUUUUUAAUUUUAUUGUUUGCUUGCGAUUUAUUUUUCAUGAUCAGAAUGCAUAUUUUUCUGUUGGUUACUUUUAUUAUUGUAAGACAUAACCUUCGUUGGCUCAUUUAUGCCCAUUAUAUGAUCAACGAGUUAUAUUGCUUUUUUGG